CGGAGAGCGGGAGGGCCCGGGUGGUGCCGCGGCGGGGCUCCCCGGCUCCCCUGCCCUUCCUCCCGCAGGAACUGACGAGCGAGGGGACGGGGCGGGCGCCGCCCGGGGCUGCCGGCGCUGGGGGGCUGGAGAGCGCCCAAGAUGGCGGCGGAGUCAUCACUUCUUUGGCACUCACGAAGCAGCUCCAGCUCUAAGCCAGGAGGAAGAUCUCAACCUGCUAAGCAGCCACUAAAGAAACCAAAGUUACCAGUGGGGAGGUUUGAUGAACCAGAAGAGUCCAGUAUGGAGAAGGAACCCCUGGAAACAAGUCCUGCAGUGCUGGUCUGGCUGGCAUUCCUGCAUUUCAGAAAACCCCAGCUGACCAAGGAAGCCCCUCAGCAUGUCCAUCAGCAGGUUCCUCCUUAUGUACCUCCUUUAGCCCAAAAUGUUUUGGACCCUUGAAUUGGCAGCUUGUGGAGGUAGGCGAGUACUUGUCCCUCACUAAGAAGAGUGUCCCUGACCUGCAGUGCUGCUGCAUACCUUUCAUGUCUGGUCAUCAGCAGAAAAUGGAAAACUUAUUUAUUUUAUACCAUGAUAGAAAAUUCAGUUUAGCUCUUUUUUUGUGUUCUUCCAUCACUGCUUUGACAUGAUUCCAAGAUUUUUUUCCUGUCACAGAAGUAUGUUUUUUCUUUCAGUUUAUGGUAAUAAAAAAAUGGUUAUGUCCUUUCAGAUUGUGUUGAAACAGGACUGAUGGCAGGGCAGGAUUUAUGAUAGUGCUGGCAUUAGUUUAGACCACAGUGACACUGGGAAACAUGGUGUUGGUUUGUUAUCUCUGGGCAAAGGAAAGAACAAUUCCUUCUGGCCUUUAGGAGAAAACUAAUUUAUUAUGAAGCUUGCUUCAUCAUCUUGUGAUUGCUGGGAGAGAAAUUUUAAGGUGGGGAUCAGAAAUUUGGCAAGAAAUCCCUCUAACAUUUUGAGCUGCCUCAUCUGUAGGAAAUUCUCAUCCAGUCUAAUUUGGGAAUAGCAGUCCAAAUUUCACUUUGUAGUCUGCAGAACCUUUUCUAUCUGCACUACUUCAACAGCGAGACACAUAUUUAUAAAACUUCAGGAGUGGAUUGGAUGUCACAAUGUUCUGGGCACACAACAAACAUUUCCUUAAGCCUGUGUCUUGCCCAUUUUUAGUUUUGUUUUCUAAAAGUUAGGCUGUCUCCAAGGAAGUUGCCUCCUCAGAAGCAGUUUUAGCAUGAAUAUGCUGCUUUUCUAAACUCAAGGACAAGAGACCUGGAUUUCCUGUAGAUUCUGGGAAGGGUUCAGUGUGCUGGAGACUGACCACUGAUUCCUUGGUAAUUUGUUGGCAUGCAGGGCUUUUCCCUAGUCCAUGAGCAGUAGAACACACUGCAGUGCUUCCCUGGUGGCACACAGGAAGAGCAGGUCUGUGGGAAGGCAGUCAGCUGAGUUCCCUGAGGACAGUAAGGCAUGGACAGUGUCACCCAGCAUGUAGCUGUCACAGACCCCUCUCACAACCCUCUAUGCUGUAUCCAAUCACAAAUUCACCCUUUCCCAUCACCUCACUCCAGUACUUUUGGCUCUUUACCCUAAUUUCCUUAGCUGCAGGCUGGGCAAACCACAGCAGCUGCAGAGUGUGUGGGUGACCCUGCUUUGCUGUUGCCCAUGCAGAUGCAGGAUAACCCACAGGCCUGCUUAACAGCAUCCCAGCUUUGUCCUCUCAGGGCACAUGGGCUCUGCAGGCUGCCAUUGUCCUGUCAGACACCAUAGAGGCAGAGGCUGGACUCUCAGCAUUUCCUGCUGAGUGCUAAUCAUGGGGUUCUCCUCUCUGCUCAAUAGAUGUGUGUUGUUCCUCUCCAUGGAAGGAAACUGCCUCCCACGCAGGGCUGAAAAUGAAAAUUGUAACUGUUUCUAGAACAUGAAUAUCUACAUGCAUUUGCAUAUCUUUAUUCACACAGAUAUAUAUAUGUACACACACACCCUUAAUACAGAAUCAUUUGCCAAAUUUCAUCCGUGUGUGGGAGGUUGGCACUUUAUGAAACUGUUUCACAAUGCAUCAAAACUUCAUAAAUAACAAUGAUAAUAAAGUGUUUUAUGUAGUAAAAGCACAGCUAAUGCAGCUCCAGUUUCUUCUGGAGUUUAUAAAUAUUCUAAAGAAUUUUGAUAACUGAAAAAGUUACAGGCAGAUCAAGACUGGUUUAAAAGGUAAAUACUAAUGUCUCUUCUCCACUUCUGAAAAGUUGUUUAGCAAAAGCCUAUUUUUAUGGCUAAUAAAGAGGAAUAAUACACUGAACUGUAAAAGAACUGAUUGUGUCUGCUAGAACUAUGGCCAAAAUCCAGCUAGACCAGCAUCCUUCAUCUGACAAAGGUAUCACCAAGUGCUUUGGUAGAAGUCCUCUCAUAAAAGACUUUGUGGAAAAUCAGUGGGACAAUUUUUUAUUCCAAUUUACCGUUAUCUCUUACCAUGGUCUGACAGUUAAGCUUUUAAGUCUAUGUAGUUUUUCAAUACAGUUCUCUUUCAGACCCUGUGUUCUUGAGCAGUCCUACAUCUUGUACACAAAAUAAAUUGUCUAGAGAUAAGACUAGACAAUAGGCCUAAAUUAACUUUGGAAAUCAUUUAAGGAUCAUUUGAUCAGCUGCUCCUUUGAAACUCUUCUAGUUGUUGUUUUAAUGCUGUAAUUAGUCAAGAGGACCUGUAGAGUUUCUAGGGAAAAGAGAGUCAAUAAAAAAUAAAAAUAAUUAAUGAAAAUCAUUUAGAGAGGAAAUUUAAGAUAGUAGAGACCUGUACAGACUUGUACUUUUCUAGUGAUUUUAUUGUAUUUGAGACUGAAUCCAGUGUGAAUAAAGAUGUAUUUUUUCCUCA